UCAUAUCAGUUUAUUUAUCAUUUGUUUUCACGCAGGAUAUCACAGGAAAUCACCAGCUCUGCAGUUUAACCUGUAUAUAUUUAUAAUCACAAGAUCAUACAGUGUGGAUGGAUCUAUAACAUAAGGAAUAUAUUUUGUAUUUUGUAACAUAAAUAUCUGAGGCAAAAUGUCUUAAAUAUAGUGAAAGAAUGUUAAAGCACAUCAUAAAUAUACAAAACAAAUAAUAAAAAAAAUAAUUGUGCUUUAAAAAAAAAAAAAUUAUAUAAAGAUGGAUUCGCUUGCAUAUACUGCCCUCUAGUGACAGAACAAUGGAUAGCGUGAUAGAAAUGCUUUAUUGACAUUCAUAUAAGAGCGAUCUGACAAUGUUCAGAUAACACGUAAUAAAAUAAAAGUAAAAAUAGUUAGGAAUUAGUUUUUAAUAUGUGCUUUCCUUCUCUUACACUCUAAGGGCUCUAUGUAUUUUUUCAGCCAUAUUCGGUUCUUCUUCAAACUCUUGAAUGUGGUAGCAUGAAAAUUUCCCUUUACUUGAACUAGGAGAACCAGCAAGACAAUGAUCCUGUGCACAAAGCCAGCUUCAUGAAGAUAUGCUAUACAUGGAGCUUUUGUCACUCUUCCCAGAAAAGUGGAGGUUAUUCUAACAGCAAUCACAGUCCAGAAUUCAACUAAACUAAAAUUUUCCGGAAAAUCCAUCUUAUGUUGAAAGUAAUAACUGGUUUUCAGGCCGCUUGUAUCUGAGGACAAGUGAUUUAUCAAUUAAAGACACCUGUGAGGACCUAAUUAGAGCUGCAGGGGGUUUUCUAUGUGAGUAGAUCUAGCUAACACACAGCUGGCUGUUUAGGAGCAAACAGUGACAGUUUCUUCAGUACCUUUUUAGAUAUAAAAAAAAAAGAAAAGAAUGAAAAAUCCAUGCAGCAGCAAUGUAAACAAGAUCCUGUUCACCACAUCCAUCCAGUGUCCACCCCGCUGGGUCAGGGUCGGGUGAACCAGCUCGGCGGCGUGUUCAUCAACGGGAGGCCUUUACCGAACCACAUCCGACACAAGAUCGUGGAGAUGGCCCACCAUGGCAUCCGACCCUGCGUCAUCUCCCGUCAGCUGCGGGUUUCCCACGGCUGCGUCUCCAAAAUCCUCUGCCGCUACCAGGAGACGGGGUCCAUCCGACCAGGGGCCAUAGGGGGGAGCAAACCCAGGCAGGUGGCAACGCCUGACGUGGAGAAGAGGAUCGAGGAAUACAAGCGGGAGAACCCGGGCAUGUUCAGCUGGGAGAUCCGGGACAAACUGCUGAAGGACGGAGUGUGUGACAGAAGCACGGUUCCUUCAGGUGAGGCCUCAUCUGUCAGUUCCAUCAGCCGCGUUCUGAGAGCACGAUUCGGAAAGAAGGACGAUGACGAUGAUUGUGACAAGAAGGAUGAAGAUGGAGAAAAGAAAACGAAGCACAGCAUCGACGGCAUUCUGGGAGACAGGGGUCAUCGCACAGACGAGGGUUCGGAUGUGGAGUCGGAGCCGGACCUGCCUCUGAAGAGGAAACAGAGACGCAGUCGCACCACGUUUACCGCCGAGCAGCUGGAGGAGCUGGAGAAAGCCUUCGAGAGGACACACUACCCUGAUAUCUACACCCGAGAGGAGCUCGCACAGAGAACCAAACUCACUGAGGCUCGAGUACAGGUGUGGUUUAGUAACCGAAGAGCCAGAUGGCGCAAACAAGCAGGAGCCAAUCAGCUUGCAGCGUUUAAUCACCUGUUACCUGGAGGGUUUCCUCCUACCGGAAUGCCCACCCUACCAGCCUAUCAGCUUCCUGAGACCACCUAUCCUAGCACCACCCUCUCACAGGAUGGAAGUAGCACACUGCAUCGACCCCAGCCGCUCCCACCCUCCUCCAUGCACCAGGGGGGGCUCUCAGCCGACACUGGCUCCGCCUACGGCCUCUCGUCUAAUCGCCACACCUUCUCCAGCUACUCGGACACCUUCAUGACUCCCUCAGCUCCGAGCAACCACAUGAACCCGGUCAGCAACGGGCUUUCCCCUCAGGUGAUGAGCAUCCUGAGCAACCCGAACGGCGUGCCCUCUCAGUCGCAGCACGACUUCUCCAUCUCGCCGCUCCACGGCAGCCUGGACGCCUCCGGCUCCAUCUCAGCCAGCUGCAGCCAGCGCUCCGACACCAUCAAGAGCGUGGAGAGUCUGGCCUCGUCCCAAUCCUACUGCCCUCCCACUUACAGCGCCACCGGCUACAGCGUGGACCCCGUCACGGCCGGUUACCAGUACAGCCAGUACGGCCAGAGUGCAGUGGACUACCUGGCUAAAAACGUCAGUCUGUCCACCCAGAGGAGGAUGAAGCUGGGAGAUCACUCUGCUGUACUCGGGCUGCUGCAGGUGGAGACGGGACAGGCCUACUGAUUCACACACACACACACACACACACACACACACACACACACACACAUACACACACCCACAGGUGUGUGAGACUUACAGCCUGAUGUUCCUGAUGUGUAAAGAAGCCGAUGAGGCUUUACUUCUGUAUAUUAUCCUCUAUGAAGUCCAACAUCCUGAAAA